GUAUGCACUCCAUCACUCAGUGUAGCCAAGUUAAGUCCAACUUCCAUCACAACCAAGCUCCAAGCUAGUUUGAUUUAUUCUUCCCCAUCGCUCGCGGCAGAAAAUGGUUAAAGGCAGUAUCACCGAGGAGUACGUUUCCAAGGUCUCUGUGGAGAGGCUAUGGAAGGCAAGCAUUUGCGAUGCACACAACCUCAUGCCCAAAGUUGUUCCUGGCCACAUCAAAAGCAUCGAGCUCCUUGAAGGAGAUGGUGGCGUCGGCACUGUCAAGCAUUUCCACUUUACCGACGUUAUGAAGGAUUUUGAGUAUCUCAAGGAUCGCGUAGAUGUGAUAGACCACGCCAAUCAUGUAUUCAAAUCCUCUAUCAUUGAAGGAGGUCUUGUUGGUCUCAAAGUGAAGUCUUACACUUCUGAGAUUGCCCUCCAUCCUACCAGCGACGGAGGCUGCGUAGCCCGAGUGAACAUCGAGUAUGAAUCCAUCAACGACAACUUGCUUUCUGAUGAAGAUGUUGCCAGGGUUAAGGAAGGGGUCAUAGGGACCAUGAAGGAGUUUGAUGGCUACCUUUUGGCAAACCCAGAGGCAUAUGCCUAGAAGGUUCAAUGAGUAUGCUUCAUAUCAAAGUGAUCAAAAAAAAAAAAAAAAAAGAAUGUCAACCAUGUAUUGCUAUUUCUUUUUAAGUUUUAAUAUGUAUGCUUUACUAUUGUGCUGA